GGCACCAUCUAUCAAAUGGUCAAGACAAAUAAAACUGGGUCCAAGGUAACAGUUUCAGCACAUAAAGGGGCUGAAAUUACUACCACAAACCCUCAGCAGGGACAAGCGUCCGUUGCUGCCUCAACCCAUCGAAGUGCUGCAAUCUCCGUGAGCCCUCCGACCCAUCGAAGAUCAGAACCUGCGCAUUCCAUCAUUCCCAAUACAUCACCAAACUAUCCUGGCACUAGCUACCCCCAGUCAGGACCCAGCUCCUCUGGAGCACCCAUCCCCAGAGGAACCGAUCGCCGAUCAAAAUCAGAAGCAUACCGCCAUUCCUCUCUUCAGCGAAAGCUCCAGCAAGCUCAGACACCACCUUCCUAUGCUGUUCAGAUGAAGCAGAAUAGUCCCACCAGAGAGGAAUCACCACGAAGAAGGGGUGAGAGCAAGUCAGGGCGUGACAGUAAUCGUUACUCAUUAAUCCCAGAUGCCAAACCCCCUCCUCGGUUGAGUUUUUUAGACCAGAAGGACAAUAAACAAACCUUACAAGAAGAAGACCCACCCUCCAAUGUCCAGUACCCACAAGGGGUCCGAGUUCCCCGUAGGACUUUGGUUUGCCCAAAGGAUGAAGCAGUCCAAACUGAGCCCAUUCGAAAGAGUAUGACUGCUGCUGAGAUCAAAUCUCAAAGGAGAGCCUCUAGCCCAGAACAGGUCAGCAGCCGCCUCUAUGCAGCCCAGAGAAGGAUCCCUGGCCAAGAGUCUGAAUUGGGUCAUCGCAGCGCAAUUUAUACAGAACCCAAGGCCUUGCAUAGGAACAAGAACUUGGAAUCAUCUCACAGACUCUCUGUCCUUAAAGAUGUGGGCGGUGGACACCGAGUUUCUAUGCGUAUAGAGCCUGAAUCAACCCACAAGCAUUCUGCCUACACCGAAACCAGGCCCUCCCCAAAAGCCUUCAUGUCAUCAGAAGUAGAGGCCAACAUGAAGUCCCCAGUGCUAAGAGACAGCGAGACCCACCGCAGAGUCACCAUCUCCUCAGGAGUACAGGAAGUACAGUCAUCUUACCGUGUGACACCUCGAGCAGUAUCUGAGAGUGCCCAAAGACCUUCCAUGUAUACCUCUCCCGAGCCUGUCUAUAAGCAGCGAACCCAAGGACCCUCAGAAAGUAUCUGCAUGCCCCCAGGACCCUCCCCAAAUCCCUCUGCUCAUGCAAAAGUGGAACUGACUCCUCGGCCCUUACCCCCUCGGUCCUUACCUAGGUAUGGGCCUGACUGCUCAUGGUGGACCUUACUCAAUCGUGAUGUUGAAAUGCCUCAAAGCCGGCCAACAACACCUGAUUUCGAGCCUAAAUACCCCUCUCCUGUAGACUAUUCAUUGUCCAUUUUUGAAAUGGACUCAAGCCCUUUCUGUGAGGACCUCGUGUUCCAGAGAGAGAAGGCAAGUCCUUCACCACCACCAGCACGAGCAACACCACCACCACAUCUACAAUUACCAAAGGAGCCUCCAAGCUGGGCACCAUUGAGGGAAGUGCCACAGACUCCCAAGCACACUUCCAAACAACCCACUCAAAGGUUUAGUGCUUUCUUCUUGGAUGUCUCUGAGGAAAUGUACAAUCGUGUCAUCUGGUGGCUAAAAGAUGAGGAGAUCAAGCGCUUCCUGGAGGACACGGAUGAUGCAGAACUGAACAAGUUCGUGAAGGAUUUCCCAGGAAACCAGUGCAGCCACCAACCAGAGGCCAAGACCUGGGUGUCAAGGCCCCAAGUUCCGGAGCCAAGGCCCCAGGCCCCAGACCUCUACCAGGAUGACCCGGAGUUCAGAACCUCCUUGUGGCCCCAGCCCUCUGACAGUCAGCAGUGCUUCUCUGCCUCAGCCCCUCUCAGCCCCUCAGCCCGGCCCCGCAGCCCAUGGGGCAGGCUUGAUCCCUAUGACUCCUCUGAGGAUGACAAGGAGUACGUGGGCUUUGCGACUCUCCCCAAUCAAGUUCACCGAAAGUCCGUGAAGAAAGGCUUUGACUUCACCCUCAUGGUGGCAGGAGAGUCUGGCCUGGGGAAAUCCACUCUUGUCAAUAGCCUCUUCCUCACUGAUCUCUACAAGGACCGGAAACUCCUCAGUGCUGAAGAGCGGAUCAUGCAAACCGUGGAGAUCACUAAGCAUGCAGUGGACAUAGAGGAGAAGGGCGUGAAGCUGCGGCUCACCAUUGUGGACACGCCAGGUUUUGGGGAUGCAGUCAACAACACAGAGUGCUGGAAGCCUGUGGCAGAAUACAUCGACCAGCAGUUUGAGCAGUAUUUCCGAGAUGAGAGUGGCCUGAACCGCAAGAACAUCCAAGACAACAGGGUGCACUGCUGCCUCUACUUCAUCUCACCCUUCGGCCACGGGCUCCGGCCAUUGGAUGUUGAAUUCAUGAGGGCCCUGCAUCAGCGGGUCAACAUCGUGCCUAUCUUGGCUAAGGCGGACACACUGACACCUCCUGAAGUGGAGCGCAAGAAACGCAAAAUUCGGGAGGAGAUAGAGCACUUUGGAAUCAAGGUCUACCAGUUCCCAGACUGUGACUCUGAUGAGGACGAGGACUUCAAAUUACAGGACCAAGCCCUAAAGGAAAGCAUCCCAUUUGCUGUCAUUGGUAGCAACACUGUGGUAGAGGCCAGAGGGCGACGAGUCAGGGGUCGUCUCUACCCUUGGGGCAUCGUGGAAGUGGAAAACCCAGGGCACUGCGACUUUGUGAAGCUGAGGACAAUGCUGGUGCGUACUCACAUGCAGGACUUGAAGGAUGUGACACGGGAGACACACUAUGAGAACUACCGGGCACAGUGUAUCCAGAGCAUGACCCGCCUGGUGGUGAAAGAACGGAAUCGCAACAAACUGACUCGAGAGAGUGGUACCGACUUCCCCAUCCCUGCUGUCCCACCAGGGACAGAUCAAGAAACUGAAAGGCUGAUCCGAGAGAAAGAUGAGGAGCUGCGGCGGAUGCAGGAGAUGCUGUACAAAAUCCAAAGACAGAUGAAGGAGACCCAUUAGCUGGCUGUCAGCCCUGGAUAUUUAAAUCUCCUCCCCUUUGUCUUGCCUAUGCCAGCCCCUCCCAGCACCAGCUCUGCUCAGGCCCCUGCAGCUACUGCCACUUCGCCUUACAUCCCUGCUGCCUCCCAGAGACUCAGAGGAAAUAAAGUUUAACAAAUAUAUAGGUGGCU